CGAUCUGUCGCUGAAUGAUCGAUAUAAAAACAGACGCGGUAACCGGCUUGAAUGAAUUGCUGGUAGUUUUUUGAGUUUUUCAAAAUUGUUAUUGAAUUCAAAGAUUUAAUCAAAUUUAAAAAAACUAUGGAGGACGCCAAAGCAAUGUUUGACGAAGCCUACGAAGGAAAAUUUGAAGCAAUCAAAUCGAGGAUUGCAAAAGACAAGGACUUGGUUAUUGUUCAAGAUGCUAAUCUCCGAACUAUGUUACAUUGGGCUUCGUUGGGAGGGCAUUUCGAAAUCGUGAAAUUCCUGGUUGAUCAUAAUUCCCCCAUUGAUGCAGUUGACGAUGUGUCAAUGACCCCUUUGAUCCUGGCUGCAACUGCGGGCAGAGCUGAAGUGGUGAGGUACUUGCUAUCUCAGGGCGCCCAUGUUAAUGCCAAAAACGACCAAGGACACUCCCCCCUGCAACGGGCUUGCUCCAAAGGAUGGAAAGAGAUAGUUGAGCUGCUUUUGAAGAACGAUGCAGAUGUGAAUAUAGCGGACAUAAGGGGAGCGCGGCCAUUGCAUAGAGCAGCCUCACUAGGUCUCAUGCCAAUUGUCGAAAUUCUCCUUAGAACUAAGGGCAUCGAAGUCAAUGUAACCGACGUUUACGGCAACACACCGUUGCACCUGAGCUGUGAAGAAAGCCGUUCCGAAGUAGCUCUGUUGCUGGUUAAACACGGUGCAAAUGUUGGGUACAUGAACAAGGAGAGUAAAACACCUCUUGAUUUGGCUGAUCAGCUGCUGAGAGACCAAAUCAAAAAAUUGAAAGAGAGGGGAGCGUAAUGAACGUUAUUGUGUUAAUGUUAAAUCGAGACUGACGUGAUGUUUGUUUUUGUAUAUUGUUCAACAAUAAAUAUUAUCAUUUUUUGUACUA